GAACUGCAGGUGGAAUAUGGCGCCGACUUGCCCACUCUGGAAGUGGGAAGCGGGUUUCCCACUGAUGAACAGCACUUUGCCAAUCGCGGACGCAAGAUCUCUCGCAGCCGUAACGCUGUAGCCGCUCAAAACGGCUGGAAUCUCAACAACCUGCCUCUCCAUCACCGUAGUCUUUUUUGCAGCAUUGCUGAGCCCAUCUCCGGUGUCAAGGUCCCCUGGCUGUACGUUGGCCAGCUGUUUAGCUCUUUCUGCUGGCAUAUCGAGGACCACUGGACCUACUCAAUCAACUACAUGCACUUGGGAGAACCCAAAACAUGGUAUGGGAUACCUGCCAGCGACGCCGAGGCCUUUGAACGUGCCAUGAUCGCCAGCGCCCCGGAGCUGUUUGCCCGCAAACCCGAACUGCUACACGAUCUCGUCACGUUAGCCUCGCCUCAAUACCUGAUUGACGCCGGCGUGCGCUGCUUUCGCACCGAUCAAAACCCGGGCGAGUUCAUCGUCACAUUCCCUCGAGCCUACCAUGCUGGCUUUAACAUGGGUUUUAACGUGGCCGAAGCCGUCAACUUUGCGCCUGCGCAUUGGCUGGCCACGGGACGGCGCUGCUUUGAAGCCUAUCGCCAUGACGGCCGCCGACCCACCUUCAAUCACUGGGAGUUUGUACUCCAGGCUGCGCAAUGGUACCGUGAUCACCCGGAAUCAUUGGAUGGGGACGCCGCUGCGUUUUUGUUGGUGGAGUUGUUGGAGCUUCAGCGCCACGAGCAGAGUGUGCGUCAUCGUGUGCCUCACGUGAUUGAGGACACCGCGCUCCAUGAGCAGCCCGACGACGACCGCAUCUGCACUGUAUGCAACACGACGCUUUUCGAGGCACAUGUUCGCUGUGCGUGCCGGCCGGGCUGGCGGUGCGGAGACCAC